AUGACUAUCGACGACGAUAUAUCUGACGAAGUAUUGUUCGAUAAGAACAAGAAAAAGAAAAGUAAAAAUAAAAAGCGCAUCAAUCCUGAUUUACUAGAUGAAGCAUCAGUCGCAACUGUUGCUUCAGAUAAUACAGCUCAGAAUGAAGCUAAUGAUAUUAUAAAUGACAAUAGUGAUUAUACUUAUGACUAUUUGUUAUCACGAAUAGUGUCGAGUGAUACUGAACUUCCUGUGACUCGAAUCAUUAUGCCACCACCACAACUAGCGCGUAUUGGAACAAAACGUACAGCAGUAAUAAAUUUUGCUUUAAUAUCGAAAGCGCUUAAACGACAAGAAAAAAAUUUACACGAUUAUUUUACAGCUGAAUUGGGCACAACAGCAUCGAUUGAUUCAAAUCAUUCGUUAAUUAUAAGAGGACGUUUUACACAACGACAAAUUCAACAUGUUCUUCGUACGUUUAUUCAGGAGUACGUCAUUUGUAAAACAUGUCACUCUCCACAUACAUUGCUAGGAAAAGCAGAUCGUUUAACUGUAAUCAAAUGCAAUGCUUGUCAUUCAGAAUAUUCUGUAUCUACUAUUCGAACAGGUUUUCAAGCUCAAGCUCGAAGACGUACUUAA